AUGGAGUCGAGCAACCAGGAGAAUUUCUUCGAGACCGACGUCCAACAAGAGAAGCGCAAGCAGCGCGCCCUCAAGCAAGACAACCCAUUCGGCAACCCGAUUCGCUUGCCGUCCAAAGUCCUCGCCGUCCUACCCGACCCCACGAAUCCCAACGCCCUGCUGACGGCCGAGUCCUCCGGCCGCGUCGCCCGCAUCUCCCUGACCUCGCGCAAGCCCACGGCCAAGUUUGCCGGUCCCGCCGUGCCCGUCACGAGCCUCGCCACCAGCGGCACGACCCUCUUCGCCGGCGCCUGGGACAAGACCAUCUGGUCCUGGGACCUGCGCACCGGCGCGCCGCAGCGGCGCUACGCCGGCCACGCCGACUUCGUCAAGACGCUCGCCGCCGCGCGCCUCGGCGGCCGCGACGUCCUCCUCAGCGGCGGCGCCGACAAGAAGAUCCUCGUCUGGGACGUGGCCACCGGCCGCCGCCUGCACGCGCUGCAGGACCCCGCCGCCGCCAUGAUGUCGCUGCAAUCGCUUGCCGUCGACCCCGUCGCGUCCUCGGACGACGAGCUCGUUGUCGUCAGCGCGAGCAGCGACCCCGUCGUGCGCCGCUGGCGGGUGCGCCUCGACGGCGCCGAGAUGGUGGCUGGCGGUGAGGUCGGCGGUGAGGCGGCUGGUGAUGCUGCGCUGGCGACGGGGGGUGCCAUUUCCGAGCACGAGACGAGCGUCUACAAGGUCCUAUUUGACCAGGAGAGCGAGGAGAUUGACCUGUGGACGGCGAGCGCCGACGGCACGGCAAAGUGUCUCGCCCGCGGCAAGGGCUUCACGACAGAGGAUACUUUUGAGCAUGGUGAUUUCGUCAAGGGCCUCGUCCUCACCGAGACGUGGGUCGUCACGGGCGGGUUCAGCCAGGAUAUCAAGGUGUGGGACCGCACGUCGGGCAGCCUCGUCUACACGAUAUCGGCACACUUUGACGAAAUCACCGACUUGAUCGUACUGAGGGAUCCCUCGGGGAAGAAGGACACGUUAGUCAGCAUCAGUAUUGAUCGUACAAUUCGAACAUGGAGUCUCGACAAGCAGGCUCUCGACGAAACAGUAGAGGAAAUCCGGAAAGCUGGCGAGCCAGUUGAGGAAGAUGAGCAGCAGGCGAAAACGGACGAUGACAAGAAGGAGGGGCUCAUGACGGCGGAUGAAGAGGCCGAGUUGGCCGCACUGAUGGACAGCGACUGA